AUUGCGAUUAGUUUGUUUACGGCGUAUAACGAGUGAAUACUGUUAAAUUUCCUCCGAAAUUUCGAAUUUCAAUAGUUUUAUUUUUCAAAGAUAUUUUUUUCUACUGACCAACAAUGUUCACCGUAACGGUAUGGCUUGAGAUUUUAAUGGUCUCAAUAUGUGUAUUAUCAUCGUGUUCGUUGGGUGCGACUGUCAAUGAUUUGAAAUUGUCAGAUGUCGAAUGUUCAGCGGUUUUGGUCGACAAAAUGGGCGAGCGCAUGAAAAAUCCCGAUUUAGCAAAUAAAGUCACCACCACAAAUGAAAUUGAUUAUAAAAAAGCGACAUCAAUUUUUGAUUUUAUCGUCAAAGACACCUAUGGUGUCGACAUGCCACUUGGGGAUUACUGUAAAGGAUAUGUGACAUUAGUCGUGAAUAUUGCUUCAACUUGCGGUUUUGCAAAUAUCAACUAUGCACAACUAACUAUGCUUGAUAAAGAAUUCGGCGAUAAAUUACGCAUUCUCUCGUUUCCAAUAAAUCAAUUUUAUGAUCGAAUGCAGGAAGGUGAUGGUGACGAAAUGUUAUGCCAUUUGAAAUUGCGAUGUGCAUCACUUGGAGCUAUUUUAGCGAAGGUGAAUGCCAAUGGAGACUCGGCCAUUCCUCUCUAUAAAUAUCUUAAAGAAGCUUUACCCGCAGCCGAUGGAAAACAAGAUCUUACGCUCAACUUUGAGAAAUUCUUAAUCGAUAAGAAUGGGAAACCAUUCAAACGUUAUCCGUUUACAGCAACCCCGAUGGAUAUGCUUGACGAUAUUAAGUCGCUUCUAUAAAUCUGGCAGGGCUGAAGUUGGUUUGUUUCCAACGUCUUAGAAAUUAUGUUGUCUUAAAAAUUGGAUAGAUUUUUAUUUCACAAUUUUGUUUGUUGGUGUUUUGUCUUUAUUAAAAUCAAAGUUUAUUCAUUGAAUUUAGAUUAUUAGAUAAAGAUAGUCCAAUGAAUACUAGCACUAUCAUUCAACUCAACAUCUGAAUGAAACAAAUAAAAUGGAUAGACUAUAAAAAGUUAUGAAGUCA